UCUCUUAUCACGUCACUCUGUGUUAAGGCGUUGAGCAGGAAACAGCCUUUCCUCUUGGAUUGUCGCAGUAGGAACAAACACAAUAUUUUUUUCCUUACUCAAUGCACCCCUCGGCACAGAAGACGCGGAAACCGGCCAGAAGGAAAAAUGCCUCCUUCAGAGAAGAUAGUUGUUCUGAUUUUCGGCGUUUUGGUGCUGGAAUCGUCCUGGAAUGCACAGCACAGCCCAUGGCUUGCCAGCGCGCUACAGAUCCAACAGGCGUUCGCCUCUCCAAAUCAGACCAAUAACUUUGUGGUGGAUGAGGUGAGUAGAAAAGUCUACCUGGCUACGGUAAACAUGGUCUACCAGCUUAACAGGACCCUGAGCGUGGAGGUGGAGAAGAGAACAGGGCCGGUGGAGGACAACCUGUUGUGCCAUGCGCCGCAGCUUCCCCAAGCGCCCUGCGAGCACCCCAAAUCCCUCACUGACAACUUCAACAAGCUGCUCGAGCUGGACCGGGAGCAGGGGGUGCUGGUGGUAUGCGGCUCGGUGUACCAGGGCUUCUGUGAGCUCAGGAAGAUGGAAAAUAUAUCUCAGAUAGCGGUGGAGUUUCCCCCUCAGGGCGAGAAGACCGUGUUCCCCAGCAUGCUGAAUAUCGCCGCGAACCACCCCAACGCUUCCACCGUGGGGCUCAUCUUCAGGAGCCAUGGGGGGAACACCCGACUCCUCGUUGGGGCCACUUACACCGGCGUCGGGACCACAUUUUUCCCCAAGAACCACAGCAAGGAGGACCUGCGCUUCGAGAAUACACCCGAAAUCGCCAUUCGGUCCCUGAACAUCAGUGAUUUAUCUAGGCUGUUCACCUAUGACAUCAACCCGUCCGAGGAUAACGUCUUCAAGAUCAAACAGGAGGUGAAGCAGAAGAAUAAACUAAACUUUGUCCAUGCCUUCAUUCAGAAGACCUACUCUUAUAUUGCUAUCAACAAUGACGCGAAAAUGGGCCACAAGGAGAGCCAGCCGAACAGCAUCCUGGCCAGGAUAUGCCUGGACACCGAGAACCCCAGAAAAUCCACCUCGGAGAGCCGUAAACUCACUGAGUCCUUCAUCCAGAUGCCGCUCCAGUGUGGAUAUAACGGGAACAUCUACAACCGUCUCCUCUCUGUUCACCCCGCGGAGAUCCACUCGGGGACCGGAGAGGGGCUGGAGUCGUACUUGUUCGGAGUGUUCACCAAAUCAGACAGAAAGUCUGCCCUGUGUGCGUUUCGGUUCUCAGACAUCGAGGAGGAGAUCCGUCAGGGCCGGAGGAACUGCUCCAACUCCCCCAGCAGCGAGGUGCAGGUGCUGGACAGCGUCAUUCAGGGCUCGGGCGCAGCGUGCGUACACAAAGGGAAUCUGGUGUUGCAACCGGAGCAGCUGGACUGUGGAGCAGCCCACCUGCAGCACCCACUGGCCCUACAAAGGCCCUUGAGGGCCACACCCCUGUUUGAGUCCCUGGGCCUCAGCUCUGUUGCCGUGGAUGACGUACAUCACCACACUGUGGUGUUUCUGGGCACCAGCACCGGACGACUGCGUAAGCUGACCCUCCUGAAGAACCUGACCGUGGCCAAUCAGUGGGCUCUGAAGCUACCAGGCGGCGAAUCAGUGCACCACAUUAUGACCUUUGACCCCAUAGACAGGAACUACCUCUACCUUAUGACCUCUCACCAUCUCCUGAGGGUAAAGGUAGCCACAUGUAGCCAGUACAGAACAUGCAGUGACUGUCUGGGGGCCGGCGAUGCACACUGUGGCUGGUGCACACUGGAGAGCAGGUGUUCCAUCCAAAGGGAGUGUGCCUGGGGGCCUCUGGCGCGCUCCUGGAUCGGGAUGGGCGAAGGUCCCCAGCAGUGCCCCUCCAUGACCCUCACCCCCCCAGAGAUCAGCCUGUCCACUGACAUCAAGGAUGUGGGGAUUCUGAUAAACGGCAGCGUCCCUGAUCUAGUUGGUUCGCGGGUGGAAUGUGACUAUGGAUUGGGCGUUGCCACGGCAGCCACGGUGCACCUGGACUAUGGCCCAGCCCAGAUUCAGACCUGCCCCCUACUGCCUCGGGAGAGGUACCCCAACAUCCCCCCUGGCAGAGAUCACCUGACUGUUCCCGUGGCGAUAAAGGUGAACGGCACAUCCGUGGUUUCCGGGAGCUUCGUCAUCUAUGAUUGCGAGAGGACAGGAGCCAUACACCCCAAGACUGCAUGUAUCAGCUGUCUGAGCACCAGGUGGAGGUGUUACUGGGACCAGGACAGCCACUCUUGCCUCUCCUCUAAAGACGACUCCAAACAUAGCCUGCUAGAGAAUGCUGCUUUCUGUCCAAGUCUUGUGGCAGAGAAUGUUGGACCUUCACCCUCGGGGAUGACCCAGAACUUCACCCUGUUCCUAGUCAACGUGGUACAGGGGGAGGAGCUAGAGUGUGACUUUGGGAACGAGCAGCGGUAUGAUUCCCGAUGGCUGGAGGACAGCUCAGGGGUCAAGUGCCCUGGAGUGACACUAACCACUGUGGAGAGGAGUCAGGUGUUUCAGCUCAGUCUGCGUAGAAAGGGACACCUGGACAAAUACAUCGACAGCCCUAAACCCAUGACAGUGGAGGUGUAUAACUGUGGGGUGGGCAUUGGGGACUGUUCCCAGUGUUGGGGACGUGAGAACCUGGGACAUCUGUGUGGCUGGUGUGACAACAGCUGUAGACCCAGGAAUGACUGCCAGUAUAUGAAUAGCCAGUGUCCUGACCCCGAGAUCACCAAGAUCUCCCCCCGGAGUGGGCCGUUGGAGGGAGGUACCCUGCUCACGGUGCAGGGUAGGAACAUGGGGCACAGGGCUGAGGUAGUGGAGGUCUCCAUCGGGAUGUUCCCAUGUACAAUCAUUCCUGACCAAUACACUGUCUCUGUGGAGCUGGUGUGUGUUACUGGGCAGGCCGUUGAUCCCACAAGUGAUUUCGUCAGAAUUACUGUGAUCCAAAAAGCAAUGGGGGUGUCCAAAGAGGUCUUCUCAUACUUGGUCCCCAAGCUGCUAUCCAUGGAGCCUAGAAAGGGCUCUCGUUCUGGGGGAACCAGGGUUACCAUCAAGGGGGAGCACCUGGACACUGGCUCCCAGAUCAGAGUCAAGGUCAAUGGAACCCAGGAAUGCACCAUCCUCACGCUAACUGAAGACACCAUUGAGUGCACCAUGCCUGCGGCCCUGCACACACACACUGAGGCGGUGUCGGUGUGUGUGGAGUUUGAAUACAUACCCUGUCAGCGCUCGAAGCUCCUCACCCAGUACAUUUACGAGAAGAACCCCAGCAUCAGCUACAUCAAACCCAGACAGAGCUACCUCAGUGGCGGUCGGACCAUCACAGUGACGGGGCAGGGUUUUCACCUGGUUCAGAGCGUCACUAUGGAGGUACUAGACAUCGGACAGGCGGCCUGUAAGGUGCAGCCUCCCUCCAUGAUUACAUGCCCCUCCCCCACCUCUAGCCAAUCUCAGCAGGCCACGGUAGAGUUCUUCCUGAAUGGAGUCCUCUACACGGGAGAUAGCCCUGUCUUUUACGGCCCAGGCCAGGAGGAAGAGGAGGAGCCUCACGGAGGUCACUUCCUGUUGGAGUACGUGGAGGACCCUCAAUUCUUCACCGCCAACAAGGAGAAGCUGAUCAAACACCACCCUGGGGAGCCACUCACACUCAUCAUCAACAAAGGACCGAGCAAUCUGGAACUGGCGCCGGAGGAAUACUCAGUAAUGAUUGGCUCCUAUCCCUGUGACAUCAGCUUCCAUAACGACCAGCUGUUCCACUGCAGCAUCAACGGCUCGCUGGGCUCCAGUGAAGGAGAACUGCCUGUCACCGUGCAGGUGGGUAACUUCCAGAGGAUCAUAGCUAAGGUGCAGCUGGGUGGUAGUGAGCUGGCCAUUGUGGUGUCCAUCGUGGUGUGCUGCGUCCUGCUGCUGCUGUGCACUGUGGCUCUGGUGGUAUACUGUACUAAGAGCCGGAGGGCGGAGCGCUACUGGCAGAAGACUCUGCUGCAGAUGGAGGAGAUGGAGUCCCAGAUCAGAGAGGAGAUCCGCAAAGGCUUUGCAGAGCUGCAGACAGAUAUGACAGACCUGACUAAGGAGCUGAACAGUAGCCAGGGAAUCCCCUUCCUGGAGUACAAACAGUUUGUCACACGCACUUUCUUCCCCAAGAUGUGUUCAGACUAUGAGAGGAGUCUGGUCCAGCCCGUCUAUGAGAACAACACCCUCGGUCCACGAGCCCUCCCUGAGACACACCCCCUUCUGCAGGACUGGCAGCCCUCUAACACAGCCAAGCCUAACAUGGAAGAGGGCAUAACUCUCUUCUCCACUCUUCUCAACAACAAGCACUUCCUGGUUACCUUCGUCCACGCGCUGGAGCAACAGAAGGACUUUGCCGUACGCGACAGGUGUAGCCUGGCGUCCUUGCUCACUAUCGCCCUCCAUGGUAAACUGGAGUACUACACCAGCAUUAUGAAGGAUCUGCUGGUGGACCUGAUCGACGCCUCGGCCGCCAAGAACCCCAAGCUGAUGCUGCGACGCACAGAGUCUGUGGUGGAGAAGAUGCUCACCAACUGGAUGUCUAUCUGCAUGUACAGCUACCUCAAGGAGACAGUGGGCGAGCCCUUCUUCCUGCUACUGUGUGCCAUCAAGCAGCAGAUCAACAAGGGUUCUAUAGACGCCAUCACAGGGAAGGCCCGGUACACCCUCAACGAGGAGUGGCUGCUCAGAGAGAACAUUGAGGCCAAGCCACAGAACAUCAACGUCUCGUUCCAGGGCUGUGGGAUGGACUCUCUGGCCGUGAGGGUGAUGAACACAGACACCAUCUGCCAGGUGAAGGACAAGAUUCUAGAUGCCUUCUAUAAGAACCUGCCCUUCUCGCAGUGGCCCCAGGCAGAGGACGUAGACCUGGAAUGGUUUGCGUCUGGUAGUAACAGCAGGAUCCUCCAGGACCUGGAUAACACUUCAGUGAUGGAGGAUGGCAGGAAGAAACUCAACACAGUCACGCAUUACCAGAUCCCAGAGGGGGCGUCGUUCGCCAUGAGCAUGAAAGACAAGAGAGACAACACACUGGGGAGAGCCAAAGACUUGGACACAGAGAAAUAUGUCCAUUUAGUCCUGCCUCAUGAUGAGCUGUUUGAGAAUAAGAAGUCCCACAGACAGAGUCACCGUAAGAAGGUCCUCCCUGAGAUCUACCUGACACGCCUCCUCUCCACCAAGGGAACCUUGCAGAAGUUCCUGGACGACCUUUUCCAGGCCAUCCUCAGUAUUCCCGCAGAGCGUCCCCCACUGGCCAUCAAAUACUUCUUUGACUUCCUGGAGGAGCAGGCGGACAAGAGGGGCAUCACUGACCCCGACACCCUGCACAUCUGGAAGACCAACAGUUUACCUUUGCGUUUCUGGGUGAACAUCCUGAAGAACCCUCAGUUUGUGUUUGACAUUGAUAAGACGGAUCACAUGGAUGCAUGUCUGUCUGUCAUCGCCCAGGCCUUCAUAGACGCCUGCUCCAUUUCAGACCUGCAGCUGGGCAAGGACUCUCCCACCAACAAGCUGCUGUAUGCCAAGGAGAUCCCAGAGUACAAGAAGAGGGUGCAGUGCUACUACAAGCAGAUCCAGGAGAUGGCGCCACUGAGCGAGCAGGAGAUGAACGCCCACUUGGCCGAGGAGUCACGGAAAUACAGAAACGAGUUCAAUACCAACCUGGCCUUGACGGAGAUCUACAAAUACGCCAAGAAAUACAGAAACCAGGUGGUGAGUGCUCUUGAGUCCAACCCCACAGCGAAGCGUACUCAGCUGCACCACAAGUUUGAGCAGGUCAUUGCUCUGGUGGAGGACAACAUCUAUGAGUGCAGCAGUGAGGCCUGAGUCUCCCUCUACCCAGAUUCCAGCCUAUUCCCCCUGGCUGCCUCCACCCUACCUGGGGUCCAAGGACCUGGGAAACCCCCUGUCUGUCUACCCUCCACAUAUCCCUUCUGUUUAUAGAGCCCAAAGACAGAAAGGAACUCUUUGCUUUAAGAAAGAUUUUGCUUUAAGACUGGAAGAGAUGGCAGCUUGAGCUUUACUGUACCACCCCUAACCCAAGAAGACUGCCUCAGAAACCUGAUUGGGAGCACUGUACCAUGGAUUAAGAAAUGUCCUAAGAAACUUACCUUGUACUGAGCAAUUGCUUUAGAUACUGAGGAAUUGAUACCCACGUCCAUUAUAUCAAAUAUAGAAUCUCUGGAUCCUCUCUUUGACUGUGUUGACUCUUCUAUUCACACAUAGAUAUAACCCCAAUCUGGUUUCCUGCUUAUUCACACCUGGCUUAAAUCUUACUCUGGUUUCACAGUGCUUUGACCUGAAGCAUAGUGGAGUUAGAGGAGGCACUUGGAGAUGGACCUUAUUCUGGAUGACGUCACCGCCUCUGGGACCUGGAUCCCUGGCAACCAUCUUACGCACUAACCCCCUUUUUCUUGGGGGACGAGCCAAUGAUGCACUGUACUGUAUGAUAAAUGUCCAUAGCAAUAUUUAUAGCUGAGUUAUAAUGCUUUCUGAGUGGCCUGUUCAAUGAUAUGUGAAUGAGAAACUCCUCCCAUCUUCUUAUAACCUGCACUGUUCUCAGGUUUGAUUGGUGGAAUGGGCAAAGAACUCCACCGGUGCUUUGAACUACAAGUCCCAAUGUGCUUUGCAAGUUGGUGAUGGGUUAUGGAGGAGUAGAGAGUAUAAUUAGAUGAUUUAUUUAGGUGAUGUUUCAUGUGCCAGACCUGCUUGCAAAGAGACUAGACUCUAUAUAAUUACAUUGGAUGUGUUCAUGUGAAGGCAGGUUGAUCUGUUUUGGAAGUGACUGAGAACGAAGAUUGAUUAUGACCAAGAGGGAAAUUUAGAGUAAAAUUAUGACCUUCAGUUAAUCAAAGAGGAAGAACUGUUUGACAUGACUGUACUUGUGAUGCCAAAAUGACUUGGGUCUAUUGUCAGAGUUUGUGAAAAUAAAUGCUAUUACAAAGCUAUAAUAUAGUAUAAAAUGUUAUGAAAUUUCAGUUUCGUAAAAAUAUUUAAAUUCUUGUUUUCAUCAAUGACAAUGGCUCGAUUCAAUCAAAUCCGCUUUAGCCAGCAUCUGCAUAGUGUUUGUUUUGGCGGUAUUGGCACUGAGUUAGAGCUGUCAAAUCCACAAGUGGCUCCCAGCAUUAUACCUAAAGCGGACAUUCCCAUUGGCUGCACAUAGUUGCAUUAACAAAAAUCCCAUGCAGCCUUAUUUACAAGUUUGAACACUGGAAUGUGAGAUAUAAUCUACACCUGGAUUAGGAUGAUAGAAAUGCUCAUGAUUUCAUUGGAUGAGUUAUAAAUUUGAGCUAAAUUAUUUCUAUAUAGCCUACAUUUUCUCAUUCUUAACUUCUAACGCUUUGGCUUUCAUGACAACAAUUGCAAGAGCAGCUGCUCACCGAUUUGACAGCUCUAGCAGUUUCACCUCUGACAUUGCCAAAACAUCUGCUAUGCGGGUGUCUGUUAUCGCCAGUUAAUGCUUGAUCUGACUGAAUCUAGGCCCUAGUCCUGUGUAAACUGAGAAAAGUUCAGCAAAGUGACAUUUGUAAACCACAGGGCAGUAAUGUACUGUAGUGUUUUGUUUGUGCUGUCUUGAUUGGUUGUGCAUACCACCCAACAACCCAAUGGGCAUCUGGACUUUUUCUGAAAGAAUAGUACUGUAAAUGCUCCCAUAUGAAAGAAACAGCUAUGAAAAAGAAA